AGCUCGACGGCGCGCCACGCCGACACGGCCGCGCCGCGCCGGCUGGCGGCCGGCCAGCGCAGCGCAUCGCUCCAAUCCGAAGACCUUCACACCCUCGGCACUGGCGCCCGACGUGGCGGCGCGGCGGCGGUGAAGGCACCGGCGGCAACGGAGCGCGAGGGCCGCGGCGGCAUCCUGCGCGAGCUGGAGCGGCUGCUGGCCGACGAGGAGCGGUACGAUCGCGCGCGGCGCGCCGUCAGACGCGACGACGGCGACUCACUUGGCCACCGCAGCGAGCAGAUUCGCCAGGAGGUCGACAACCUCGUCGCCACAUUCUUCGACCGCAAGCGCGACCGCAGCCACCGCGUCGGCGACGCCUUCUUCGACGAUGCCUCGCGGCGCGCCGAGCGGCUGGUGCGCGAGUUCGCGCGUGACGACGACGACCCGUGGCGAGAGGAGGAGGAGCGCUGGCGGCGACAGCAGCAGGUGCGUCGCCGCGGCUCGGACGACUUCUUCGAGCGAGCCGUGCAGCGCGCGCAGACGCUGGUGAGUGAGAUGCGGGACCGCAAGGAGAGCCGUCGCCAGGACGAGGAAGACAUCUUCUCGCGCUACGGCGACCAGAUCGACCAGUUCUUCGGCUCGGCGCGGCGGCGCGACGCGCCGUCCGCGCGCCGUGGCGGCGACCGCUUCCGCGACGCCAGCACCCUGGCCGACGACCUGGUGCGCGACUUCCUGUCGGAUGACACGCGGGGCCGUGACGCCACCGACGCCUGGGGCCGGCAGCGGGAGCGCGCAGAAUCAACGCACGUCGACAUCGACGAGGUCAUGUCGCAGGCGUCGACGGUGGGCGGACGGGGGCGGGAGGCGCGCAACACCUCGGGCGUCGACAUCGAGGAGCUGUCGAGCUCAACGGCGGCCGACCGGAGCCGCGCCGCGUCCGGCCGGCAGCGGCCUGCCGCCGACUCAAGCCGCCUCGUCGACGACAUCGUGCGCCAGUUCAUCGCCGACGACUUCGACGACGAGGACACGUGGAAGGAGCGGCCGCGCGCCGCGCGCCGACAGACGAGCAACACGAGCACGCUGGACGAGCAGUGCAGCAUACGCUCAGAGAGCCGCAUGUCCGAGAUGGAGGACGAGCUGCGACAGGCGCAGGCGCAGGUGGACGAGCAAAGGGCGGAGCGCCGCCAGGCUGAGCAGCGCCGACAGGCUGAGGAGCGAGCGGAAGAGCAGCGCCUGGCUGAUGAAAGGGCUGCGGAGCGCGUUAAGGCUGAGAAGUGUGCUGAGGAGCGAAUUCAGGCUGAGGAGCGCGUUCAGGCUGAAGAGCGACGUCAGGCUGAGAAGAGGGCUGAGGAGCGAAUUCAGGCUGAGGAGCGCGCUCGGGCUGAAGAGCGGCGUCAGGCUGAGAAGAGGGCUGAGGAGCGAAUUCAGGCUGAGGAGCGCGCUCAGGCUGAGGAGAAAGCUGAGCAGCGUAUCCAGGCCGAGAAGCGGGCUGAGGAACGCCGACAGGCUGAGCUUCAGGCUGAGCAGCGAGCAGAGGAGCAGCGAAUAGCCGAGGAGCGAGCGGAGAAACAGCGCCAGACGCAAGUAGAGGAAGCCCCACAGACUGACGAGCACCUGGUUUCCAGCCAGGAGGAGCGGUCACACGAGCGCCGCGACGUCACAGAGGCAGCACUCCCAGCAGCGCACUGUCGCCGAGGAGAGCGUCCAGGAGGAGCGCUCGUCCCGAGCAGAGCAGGCGUCAGAGACCGAGACGCGCUCCGAGCAGGAAGCGGCGUCCGGGGAGCGGCGCGCCGAGGACGAGGCUGACAC